CUCAACAUCUUCUUCAACCCAUCAGUUCUCUCAGUUCUCUACUCAAUCACAUCCAAUUCUAACAUCGAUGGCCGAUUCCUCUUCGCACCGCCUCGACCUCCGCGUGGGUGGAAAGUACAGGUUGGGCAAGAAAAUUGGCUCGGGCUCCUUCGGUGACAUCUACCUCGGGAUCAACAUCAUCUCCGGGGAAGAAGUGGCUAUCAAGCUCGAGUCAGUCAAGGCUAAGCACCCCCAGCUCGAGUAUGAGUCCAAGGUCUACAAGACUCUCGCGGGUGGUGUCGGUGUCCCCUUUGUCCGUUGGUUUGGGACGGAGUGUGACUACAAUGCCAUGGUGAUCGACCUUCUCGGCCCCUCUCUCGAGGACCUUUUCAACUUCUGCCACCGGAAGUUCAGUCUGAAGACUGUGCUGCUCCUCGCUGAUCAGCUUAUCUCCCGUAUCGAGUACAUCCACUCGCGUAACUUCAUCCACCGCGACAUCAAGCCCGACAACUUCCUCAUGGGCAUCGGCAAGCGUGGCAAUCAGGUCAACGUUAUCGAUUUUGGUUUGGCGAAGAAGUACCGCGACCCGAAGACCCAUCUCCACAUUCCCUACAGGGAGAACAAGAACCUAACGGGCACCGCUCGUUACACCUCCAUCAACACCCACUUGGGUGUUGAGCAGGCCCGUCGAGACGACCUAGAGUCCCUCGCCUACGUGCUCAUGUACUUCCUCCGUGGUUCCCUUCCUUGGCAGGGCCUCAAGGCUGCGACGAAGAAGCAGAAAUAUGACCGGAUCAUGGAGAAGAAGAUGACCACUCCGACCGACCUGUUGUGCCGUGGUUUCCCCAAUGAGUUUGGCAUAUUCCUGAACUACACGCGAGCGCUCCGUUUCGAUGACAAGCCGGACUACUCCUACCUCCGCAAGCUUUUCCGCGACCUUUUCGUCCGCGAGGGCUAUCAGUACGACUACGUCUUCGACUGGAGCAUGCAGCGAGCGUUGGACGAAGGCGCUAGCUCCAGCAACAAGGUCGCCGCUAACCGUCGCAAGGUCCUUCAGGAGGAAGAGGAGCACCGCGUCAGCGACAGGAUGUGAGUUCCGGCGUAACUGAAGCAGCAGGCCGCAGCCGCCGCAGGUGCCGUCGGCCAGCAGCGUCCCAUGCGCCAACGUGACGAGCACUGGUAAACGGUUUCCUCUAUCAUGACGGGGAAGUCGUUGUCAAAGCACGUCCGGGUCCGACCGAGCAUGGGGGGCGGAGGGUAGAUGCAUCAGCGCUCGGUAUAGGUUUGCCGCCAUUGGUAUGGAUCCAUUGGAUGUCGGAUAUGUUAUUGGUCGGUCGCGUCGGUCGCGUGGACAGGUGGACGUUUCGCAGGAGUUGGAGUACGCCGAGAGCAAGACGUGCAGGCGGUGGAUGGACGAUCGCGCAGACCCUAGCCUUCCUCUCUAGGACGGUCGGCCCGGAUCGCGCUCACGGAGAUGGUCCAACAACUCGCCCUCGUCAACAGGUUCGAUCUCCCGGACACGCCAACUUUGCGAUCGGGGUGCUAGCUUCAAGGGCACACCCCACACGCUCAUCGACCGAGUUGCCCCACGUUUCGGUUUCGUACGGACGCUGUUUCCUUUCACGCCCCCUCUGCCGGCCUCACUGCCGAAGUCGUUCCAGGGUGGGCCGCCUCAUUCCUCUCGCAUGAUACGAUUCCCCCUUGCGCCGUACUACGUGAUGACUCCCCCCUCACACUCUCGCAAUCGUCGACCAGAGCGGUCACGUCCACACCACAUUACACGCAUCAUCACGCCCCUGAUCACGUUUCCACUGUAUAUACGUUUCUCGCUCGCAACCUCCCUCGUGCCGCUCCUAAUACGCCCACUGCGCGCCAGCGCGCCAUCCCCUCGUUGAUAUUUCCUUCAUCCCCCCCAUUUUCUCUCUCGUAUAGUGCUUCGUUGUCACGUUGCUGGAUCUCGUUACUUCGCCCUUUGGAUCCUCUCUCCUCCACCUCUUCGGAGCCCGAUCCCGAUUUGCGAUUGGGUCGCCGUUGAGGGCGCGCUGGCAGAGAGAGGGCGCCGCGUCUGGUCAGGAAGGGUGGAUGGUUGCAGGAGGCAGGUCAUCGAUGGGUAGAGUGGGGGGAGCACGCCGCGGUAGGAGGAGGCUGGUAGGUUGGUGGGAGCGGACGUGUUUAGAGCGAAGCGGGCAGCGACGUCGGAGACCAGGCGCGGUUUGAUCCCCGUUGUAUUUCUUAUAUCGUGAACACCUCACAAAUCAUCCUCAUCAUUGUCACAUCUUCGUCCCCGCAGCUCGCGAGUAUCGUGCCUUUCCCUGUCCUUUACUGCGUAGUAUCUGUCGCUGUGUUUUGUUGAUCGCGUGUUCGUCUAUAUAAACGAGUAUAUCAUAAAUUGUGCAUC